GUUAAAAUAAUAAUAUAACAAGAAAUAAUUUAUAACAAUAUAGUUACUACAAUGACCUAUUGUUUAAUUUCGUGGGGCGCUAAUUCUCACGGUCAACUUGGUCAAGGGAUUCAGUCGGAAGAAUGUGAUUUACCUCGUGAAGUUGAUUUAUCAAAGUGUUCAUUAGAACCGCAAAAAAUAAAAAAGAUAGUUGGCGGUGCUGGCCAUACAUUAAUUUUGGAUGAUUACGGUCGCGUUUAUUCCUGUGGUUGGAACAGUAAAGGGCAAGUGGGUUUUCCCAUGAAGGAAAAUAUUCUUUUCUUUCAAGAGUUAAAUGGAAAAUUAAAAGACAAAUAUAUCGUGGAUAUAGCAUGUGGCUGGGAUUGUUCUGCUGCAUUAACAAUAGAAGGCACUUUAUUUCUAUGGGGCUCGAAUCAUUUCGGACAAUUGGGCAAACACCCAAACCACCUUCAAUGGACACACGAACCCUUCGAGGUUAUAAUAGAUCAAAAAAUCAAAGGAAUGUCUAUCGGCUUAAGACACACUGUCCUAAUAACAGAAGAUCAUAAAAUUUUAGUAGCGGGAACAGGUAGCAAGGGACAGUUAGGUUUAUGUUCCUCGAAGAACGAUGAAACUUUAAAUGUCGCAUAUACUUUUACAGAAGUUUUGACGUUACCGAAAGUUAUGGAUGUCAGUUGUGGUCAACAUCACACGGUCACGGUAACAGAAAACGGAGAUUUUUAUGUAUUUGGUGAUAAUAAAUACGGACAAUUAGGAUUGAAUACAAAUAUAUAUCCGAAAACUUUUAGUCCAAUAAAAUCGGAUGUUGAAUUAAAAUUCCCAAUUAAUAUGUACAGUGGUUGGUCGCAUGUGAUUGUCUUAAAGGAUAGUCAUGUUUUCGGUUGGGGUCGAAAUACGUACGGACAAUUAGGUAUUACAGAAGCCGAGAAAUCAGCAACUUGGAAGGCUACACAAAUUAAAAAUUUAUCAAAAAUACGUCAGGUUUCGGCUGGCUCGGAACACAAUGUCGCUUUAACUGAAGACGGAAAAAUUUUAUGUUGGGGUUGGAACGAACACGGAAACUGCGGAAAUGGUAACAAAGAGAAUGUUGAAUUUCCGCAACAAUUGCUGCUUUCGUACGAUUGCAAAGGAAUUCUUAUUGGAACUGGUGCAGCCCAUUCAUUUGCAGUAAUAAAAAUACUUUGUAAGAAAUAG